AUGGGUCGUCCGCGAAAAUAUGUAAGCUUGAAAGAAGCGACUAGAGAGAGGAAUGCGAGGAGGCGCCGGCAGCGUGCCAAUGCAAAUGCUCAUGCCAAUUCUAGAGAAUACCGAGAUACUGCUGCUAGAACAAGACUUUCUGUACCUAUCAAGCAACCUUCCAGCGGUCCUUCAUCUGUGGAAUUGAGAUGUAAGAGUUUGGUCAAUAUCGAUACUGAAGGAGUGAGCGGUCGAGAUGGACAUCAUGUUGGAUCGAUCUGUUCGCGUUCAAAUGGUAGUUCUAUCAGUCAUGCACGUAACAAAAGAACAAGACAAGAUUGUGCAGAAACAUCGGUUGGACGAAUGCAUGAAUAUGUAGAAGAAAUGCGCAUAGAAUCAACCGCUUUGCCAUCGACUUCUAACAGUAGUAUUACUGGUUAUUCAAGAGAUACAUGCUCAGAGCCUAUCAUUGCCGGCGGUAGUACUUUGUCUACGCCAGCAAACAAGAAGUGUAGAUCGGUUCGACCAGGUGAUGCAAGGCAGGAACGGCGUAAGAUGUUGGCAACGGAUCCAUUGAACGUCGUUGCCACUGAGCCUGAUAUAUUACCGGAUAUUCCGGAUUGCCAGCAUUGUAAAGCAAAGAAAUUUCAGUUUGAACCACCUGGAUUUUGCUGUUCUUCUGGUGAAAUCCAGUUACUUCCUACUGAGAUGCCAAGAGAACUGAUGAUGUUGUAUCUUGAGGAUUCUGAAGAAGCUAUUGAAUUUCGCAGAUGUGUUAGAAGUUAUAAUAAUAUGUUUGCAUUCACGUCUAUUGGGGUGAACUGUGACAAAUCAUUGAAUGAGUCUUAUAAUGGAAUAUACACCUUUAGAAUUCAAGGUCAAAUGUACCACUUUAUAAAUCAGUUAAUCCCUGAUGAUGGUGAGAAGGCGAGGAAUGUGCAGUUAUAUUUUUUUGAUACUGAACAUGAAACGGUAAAUCGGCUAUCCAUCUCUAAUAGAUUUCAACGAAGCCUAAUUACUAAACUUGAAGGGAUCUUGAAGAUUAAUCCUUAUUUUGCGUUUUUUCGAGGCUUGCACAAUCUACCAAACAUAGAUAAUUAUAAAAUAGUACUGCAAUCUAGCCCUGCAGUUGAUCAAAAAGUAUUCAAUAAACCAACUGUAUCUCAAGUUGGUGCUGUUUGGACAGAUAAUUGUGAUAAUGGGCAUGUGACGUCACAACAUAUUCAGGUUUAUGGAAAAAAUGGAAAAACUCAGAUUAUGAAGCAUUACUUUAGUUGUUAUGAUCCUUUACAAUACCCGCUCAUUUUUGCCAGUGUGGAACCAGGUUGGCAUCAAGGUAUAAAUCGCAUUGCUCGAACUCCAAAUGUGCAUGGAGCAACUUCUUGCGAGAGAGAAGUUGAGCUAGCUCCCGGUGCUGGAACUACACCAGAUCAGUUAAUGAAUGCUGAGAAUUUGGAUUUCUAUAGGUUGAAUGACAAUCAGACGCGGCUUCGAACAAAGUUAUAUCAGAGCCUGAUAGAUAGUCUCUCACAAGGAGAAUCUUCGUCUUCCAAUAUUGGGACACGGAUAAUUCUUCCAGGAUCAUUCAUUGGAGGCCCUCGUGAUAUGAGGCGUCGCUACAUGGAUGCAAUGUCGUUAGUCCAAUGA